GCCUCUACAUCAUGUGUCAAAUCCCAGUCUUCUGCUGGGUCACUGCUGAAGUUCUGGAUCACAUGUUGGCCACAGACCAGAGAGAACAGCUGCCGAUGACCAUGACUGGCCUAUACUCACACUUACUGCUGGACCAGACAAAGAGGAAGAACGAGAAGUAUGAGGGACCUGAGACAAGUUCACAAGAGCUGACAGAGGCUGACAGGGAACUUCUUCUGAAGCUGGGGAAGCUGGCGUUUGAGCAUCUGGAGAAAGGAAACAUCAUGUUCUACCAAGAAGACCUGGAGGAGUGUGGUCUUGAUGUCAGAGAGGCCUCGAUACACUCAGGAGUCUGUACAGAGAUCUUUAAAGAAGAGUGUGCGAUCUUCCAGAAGACUGUCUACAGCUUUGUUCAUCUGACCAUUCAGGAGUUUCUGGCUGCAGUCUACUUUUUCCACUGUUACACAAACAGGAAAACAGACAUAGUUGAUGAAUUCCUAGGUAAUUAUUGUUAUUCUCAAUCAUUCGUCAAUGAUACAGCUGAUGAUGAGGAUGACAACGAUGGAGACAUGGACAAUGGCCGAUCUCUUGAUGUCUUUCUAAGGAGAGCCAUGAACAAAUCCUUAGAGAGUAAAAACGGCCACCUGGACCUGCUUGUUCGCUUCCUUCAUG